ACUCUCAUCCGCCUCCCAUGGUGGUUCAUAUCCGCAACGCCUGCUUCCUGGAGACCAUGCAAGACCUGGACGAUCAAGCGGUGUGUCCUCGUCAGGUUCUUUCGGCAUAUGUUUCACAUCACACAGAGAUCAGGCUCACUGACCAAAUCACCCGACCAUCAUAAGAUUACCUGGGGCGACGGUGUCAAAGCCGUCUGGGUCGCCCCUACCCCUCACUUCAUCUUCGGCAAGCUCGCAUGCUGGGUCGCAGCCGCCAACGUCGAGUGCGUCCGCCUGCCCGGGUACUGGAUCGACCAGGACCCGUCGCUCCCUGCUGGCACGCCCUGGCGGCCAGGCGACAAAGUCGCAUACCGCCUACACGGCGGUGCAUACAUCCAACUAUCCGCACAUCCUCGCGACCCGUCCGCCAACAUCGCCAAGGGCAUCCUCAAACACAGCCCAAGCAUCACACGCACCUUCGGCGUCGAAUACCGCCUCUCCACAACCGACCCAUACGAAGAAACAAACCCGUUCCCGACCGCGCUCGUCGACGCCCUCGCAGGCUACCUCUACCUCCUCGCGAUCGGCUUCCACCCCGAAGACAUCGUCCUCGUCGGCGACUCCGCCGGCGCCAACCUCGCCCUAGCACUCGUGCGCUACCUGCUCGAGCACCGCGCCGCGCACCCCUCUCUCCCCGAGCCGCCCACGUCCAUGCUCCUCCUCUCGCCCUGGGCCGACCUCGGCACGUCCCACUGGGGCCCGCACUCAUCCAUCCGCACGCACUACUCGACCGACUACCUCGGCGGGCGCGCGCCCCGCCGCAUGAACUACUCCAAGGCCGCGUUUCUCGGCCCGUUCGGGUUCGCGGUCGCCGAGCGCUGUCCGUAUAUAUCGCCCGCGUCGCUGCAUCCCGGUGUGAACGCGCGCUUUACGGGCGGGUGGCCGAGGACGCUGAUUUGUGGGGGCGGGCAGGAGCCGUUGUUGGAUUCGAUAUUGAGUCUUAGGUGGAAGAUGGAGAGGGAUAUGGGGGUGGGUGGGCCGACGGGUGUGGAGUACUUUCAGGCGCCGGAUGCGCUGCAUGACUGGUUGCUGUUUCCGUGGCAUCAGCCAGAGGUGGAUCAGACGCUCGUGAGGAUAUCAAAGUGGUUGGUGGAGUACUAGGUGAUAGACGGUGACGUACGUUUGAGCCCGUCGCCGUUUCAUCGUGCUGGGGUCAUGCUGAUGGUGGAUAUUCAAGAGUUAUAGGGAUAUAUUGUAAUGGGUCAUAAUUGGCACGGCUUACACGCUACGCGCCAGUCUAUUCUUUCCUUUGUGUGCUCAUUCUUCAUCUCUAUGUUAUGGUUAGAUCCAUCCCCUGCAGGCGGGACAUUUUGAUCACUACCGUGUCUGCUUUCAC